CCAUCAGCUCGUCCUUACAGUAAAGGGGGUGGAGCGACUAUAGUAAAGCUCGUGCGUUUUCCUGUUGUGGCAGCGAAACGUAUCGUUUCACGCAUAGUCAAAGAAAUUAUGUACUAACUGUGUCUAAGUGGAUAUUUUCCGAAAACAGGCUAUUCUUUGAACUUGUUCUUUCGGUUUGAAAUGGUAUCGCAACCCGCCGAGAGGCGAUUCGUGACGAAGACCGCUCGUUAAGAAACCUGGUGGGACUUCGGUGGACCAUUUCGGUUUUUGGAAGCCGUUUGUCUUUCUUCCUAAGGAAGUGGAAAUCCAGACUCAUCAGACCAGGCAACAUUUUUCAAGUCUUCAACUGUCCAAUUUUGGUAUAAAGGCAUUUGAUCCAGAGUCUGGAAUACACGUGGGGAUAUGACACUAUGAGCCGUCCUAUAGCAGCUGACUGAUACUGACCCUGCGUAUGCUGAGCAGAGUCCGCCUCAGUCUCGUGUGAUUGGACGCUGGAUGGAAUCAAGGUGAAUGGAACACAAAGAGCAGGAGCUUAACCUGCCAGAGGGAGAUGAGACAUGGUGGCCGAAUGGAGUGAAGAGAAAAAGAAAGAAUAGUCAAUGCUCUAUGAAGAGCACGUCUGUGAAGAUCAUCUCUGUUCCAGGGUACGUUCCCAGCUACCUGGAGAAAGAUGAGCCAUGUGUGGUGUGCGGAGACAAGGCCACCGGCUACCAUUACCGCUGCAUCACAUGUGAGGGCUGCAAGGGUUUCUUUAGGAGGACAAUACAGAAGAAUCUUCACCCUUCCUAUUCCUGUAAAUAUGACAGCUGUUGCAUCAUUGAUAAAAUCACCCGCAACCAGUGCCAGCUGUGUCGCUUCAAGAAGUGCAUCUCGAUGGGAAUGGCCAUGGACUUGGUGCUGGACGAUUCAAAGCGUGUGGCCAAGAGGCGUCUGAUCGAGGAAAACCGGGAACGGAAGAAGAAAGAGGAGAUGGUGAAAACACUGCACACUCGACCUGAGCCCACCGUCUCGGAGUGGGAGCUCAUUCGUAUGGUGACGGAGGCUCAUCGCCACACCAAUGCCCAAGGCCCUCACUGGAAACAAAAACGCAAGUUCCUACCAGAAGACAUCGGGCAGUCUCCAGCCCCCACAUCAGACAACGACAAAGUCGACCUGGAGGCUUUCAGUGAGUUCACCAAGAUCAUCACCCCUGCCAUCACACGAGUUGUGGACUUUGCCAAAAAACUGCCCAUGUUCUCUGAGCUGCCCUGUGAAGACCAGAUCAUCCUGCUGAAAGGCUGCUGUAUGGAGAUCAUGUCCUUGCGCGCAGCGGUGCGAUACGACCCAGAGAGUGAGACGCUGACCCUGAGCGGGGAGAUGGCUGUCAGUCGAGAGCAGCUGAAGAAUGGAGGGUUAGGAGUGGUGUCGGAUGCCAUCUUUGAUUUGGGCAAGAGCCUGUCACAGUUCAACCUGGAUGACUCGGAGGUGGCACUGCUGCAGGCUGUACUGCUCAUGAGCUCAGAUCGUUCCGGACUCACGUGUGUGGAAAAGAUCGAGAAGUGUCAGGAGAUGUACUUGUUAGCAUUCGAGCACUACAUCAACCAUCGCAAGCACAACAUCUCACACUUCUGGCCCAAGCUUCUGAUGAAGGUGACGAACCUGCGCAUGAUCGGAGCCUGCCAUGCCAGCCGCUUCCUGCACAUGAAAGUGGAGUGUCCCACAGAACUCUUCCCCCCGCUCUUCCUAGAGGUCUUCGAGGAUCAGGAGGUGUGACCGAGAGCCACGGGGAAACUUGGGGAGGGAUACAAGGGGGCAAAACUUGGUCGUGAAUUUGCAUACCAGAAGCAUUUGAUUUUUUGCAUCCUAAUGCAAUGCCGAACCAGGACAUGUACUUUAUUUUGCACCAUCAGCUUUGUCUGGGAUAUGUUUUGGGUUGUCGGCCUCCACACCUUUUGACCCUACAGUAACUUACCAUUCAGAUUCCUCCCACAGACAGACAAUAUGCUAGCAUGCAUCAACCUACCUCUCAUACCAACAUACCUCCCAACCUCAGAAGGAGCUUAUUUUAAAAGCGUGACAAAGAAAGCCACACAUUCAAAAGCUGUUUAAUAACCUGUUUCGGAAAUGCUAGCUGUUGUUAUAAGGACAGAGGAAACUUCUAUGAGCAACAUCGAACAGCUACACAUGGGCUCUACAAGAUUAGCCUUUAAAAUAAUGCAAGAUUUUCCUCUGAUUACAGUAGUAUUUUAGCAUUCAGCUUCCUCUUUGCACGCAUAGAAUAUCUCCUUUGUAAACAUAACUACCUGUGUGCACUUGUUCACUCUGUACAUACAUUAAUAUGUUACGUGAACUUCUCAUACCUCGUAUACACCAGCAUACAGUCAUACAUGUAGCAACAUGUCCAUACAUGUAUGUAUGCUUACAAUUCUACCUGCAUUAACCCAUCUGUCUACUUCCAAUGCAGUAUCUACAGUUCUCAUAUACCUUCCUAUCUACCAUAUCCUCUUGUAUGUUACUUAAGCUGAACAUUUUGUGACCUCAUUUUGUGAAAAGCCUCUUGUUGCUUUCUGACAUGUGACCCAUUUAGCUGUUGUGAGGUAUUUCCUCCUGUAUUCAUCUGUCCUAGUGUUACCCAUUUGUACAGACAUAUUGAUGCACGUGCUUAUUAAGACAUAUGAUGUGGUUCUAGACAUCCACCUCCACAUUAUGGCCUUCAGAUCGCUCGUUGUGCUCCCACUCACCUGUCUCAUUGGAUGGUAGUACCAUGUUAUUACACAGAACUUCAAAGAAUAAUGUGGUAUUACACCCCCCAAACGCAAAAAAAAAAAAAAAAAAACAUAAUCUAGAUUUGAAAUGUGGGAUUAAUAGUAGAGUACAAUGGGGCUAACAGUCAGUUCGAUUUUAGCCAUCUUGGCUUUGGCGAUAUUUUUGCCAUUCAGCUGCUUUAGAAUUUAACCCUUUUAAAGGGAUAGUUCACUCAAAAAUUACAAAAAAAACAAAAAGAAGAAAUUUCGAAGAAUGUUGGUAGCCAAACAGUUGACGGUAGCCAUUGACUUCCAUAGUAUGGAAAAAAAUACUACCAUCAACUGUCUAGUUUCCAACAUUGUCCAAAAUAUCUUCUUUUGUGUUCAACAGAAGAAAGAAACUCUAUAGUCAAGAUGAAAUGAAAAUUUGUUUUCUAAAUGCAUGUUAUUGUUCUUUUUUUUUAAACUGUUAAUAAGUGCAUAUAUGUGCAUUUUUGUUGUGUCAUUGUUAUGUUUAAUCAAAAUUACAUAAACUUAUAUCACAAUAUGGAAUAAAAAUCUGUUGCUACUUAAGUUUUACCUAAAACCAUUUUUUCAUUAAUUCAGUAAUGUACUAAAUGGUAUUUUGCUGAAAAACUCACAAACAAUCAUUGUUGCAAAAUAUUUAAUUUUCAAGGACUCUAAUUGGUUUCAUCUGCAACAUUUCAUUUUAUUUUUUAAUUAAUACAAUACCUUUUUUAUUUUAAAGUGCAUAGCGACAGACAGGUCCUUAGGGUAGUACUAUAGUUGUGUUUGAGGCUAUCCACUGUUUUGAGAGGGAAAUUAAAAAUAGAACGGACUUUAAGCCCCAUUGUACACUACAUCUAUGCUGACUUUGAAAGUAAGGAACUUAAACUCUCCACAACCUUCUUGCAAGAUUAAAUGAGUGUCACUUACCUCUCCAUCUCUUCAAACAGACUCGAACGAACCCCUCAUCCAUGCAUCACAGUUUGUAUUCCUCACCUGCUCAUGCAUAUAUAUUCCUGCUUAAACCUGUACAUAAACGUGCACAUUUACACUAAAAAGUCACAUGUGUGUGAUAGCAGCCUCACUCAUGUGUAUGUAUACUUCUUUCCCUUUCACUUGUGUUGUGGGACCAAGUGUCAGUCUUGUUCUCUGUUUCUGAGGACAGUAAGAAUGAGCCGGGCUGAAUGAAUUUCACUGUGCUGUAACAGAGCUAACUGAUUGCUUAGCAGAUCAUUUUGUUUUAAGCAAGCGCUGAAGAAGCAGCACAAGAAGAUGGCUCCUGCAUAACACAAACCUCAAUUUUUGUCAGCCCAGUUCUGUGGUCCCUGUGCAUCUCACACAAGAACUUUUCAUGCACUCUUCCCCAGCAAAGGACACAAUCAGACCCCCAAAGCAUCCCUUACCAGCUUAUUUUUUGUGGUUCAGACGCAGACUGCAUUUAAAGUGACACAGAGGAACAAAAGGGCAGAAAGGACAAACUCACUGUGACUAGCUAAACUCAGGCACGGAGCUCCCAUGAGGCCAUGCAUCUGACUCAGGCUCAAUCUAACCCACCAGCACUGCAGACAUGCACUGCCCACAAUCACAAUCUUCUGCACCAGCAAGGGUCAGCUCAGCCCACAGACCCUGCUCUUGAUGACGGGGAAUCAGAAAGCCAUUUGUUUUGCUGGACGUUCUAGAUUACAGCACUUUUAUUAGAGCAGACUUCAGUCCUUUACACUUAGCCAGACCAUGAAUAUAUUGGUUGAGACUUUGACUCUUAAAGGGGCCAUAUCAUAAUAUUUUUUAAAUAAAAAGUUCAAUCAGAGGCGUCAUGCCCAUUCAAAGUGAGGUGGCACGUAUCCCCUCAGAUUUCUGAGCCAAGUGGAUUUUAAAUGCAGCUUCCAAACGACAAAAAAAAAAAAAAAAAAAUUGCUGAAUAAUAUUUUUUAUAUAUUUGAUACAAUCACACCAAUGUGAUUAGAUCGUUCAGUGCACAGCAUCAGCUGCCAAAUUCAAAUCUGCGUUCGCUGGCUGGCGCUGAGCCAGAGACAGACGCGUUCGUACAACGCUUCAUGAUAACCAAUCAGAAACGAUUCUGUUGCGCUUAUGAAUGAAAUGGCCAAUCAGAGACAUGCAGAAGGGUCAUCACUGAAACACGGUGUUUUGUUCACUUGCUCGCUGACUGAAUUAUUUAGCAAAUUCUCUCACCAAAAAACAACAAAAAGUGCAGAUGUGCAUACGAAUGUAAGAUAUUCGUUUCAUAAUGUAAAGUGCUUCAGUGAUUUUAAUGGGAGUUUUUGAGAGUGCCUGAACUCUGGCUAGACUGAAUGAAAAUGUUCUUUACUCUCUGUAAAUUGAAAGCGUUAAAAUAAGUAACAAAAUUUACAUAAAAUGCUAAUUCAGUCUUAUCCAAAAUAUUUCAUGGCAUGAUAUGGCACUUAAGUAAAAAUUUGGGUUUUUAUGUGUAGUUAAUAGAUUACACUACUUUGCCCAUCACCAUAUAUUGAUCAAAUAUCAAUCUAUAAAGGUGCAAAAAGCGUACUUUAAUGCCCCCCGCCCUCCCCAAAAAAAAAAAAAAAAAAACAUGAAAUGCAAUGUCCAGUACAAAAAUGAUGAGAGAAUUUUAAAAACAAACAAUAAAAUAUUCUGUUCAGAUGAUGAACGGAAAAGUCUUGUAAGAGAAUCUGGAAAGACAGGGUUAGUAAAUAAUCCCCAAAUUUUCGUUUUUUGGUGAAAUAUUCUUUCAAGAAACAUAAUUUGUACACACAUUCAUUUCAGAGCAGAUUGGAUUCAGUUUACAGAUGAGCACAGCAAAGCCCUGUUGCUCAUUUCACAUGCAAAUAAACUGUUUAUGACUUAAAGCCAAAAAAAAUUAAGGAUCAUUAAGAAGAUGUAAAAACAGUCAUUACAAACUACAUUUUUAUUAUUGUCGGAGCAAAAAACAAUAAAUGGACCUCAGGGGAUAAAUGUAAAUAAUAGUAAUAAUAAAAUGCAUGAUAUGACUCCUUUAACACGCCCCAAUAAAUGUCCAUGUCUGCAAAGUAGCAAGUCAUAUUUGAGGUCCAAAAGUUUGAAAAGAAGACCUACCAUUCCUAAAAAACAACAACAACUCUGUCCAUCUUCUGAUGAGGAAUGUAAAAGACAAAGCACUCAUCCUUUAGUACACUUGCUGUAUUUUAUGUUGAGUGGACAUACAUUGACAUAUUCGCAGGCUGUGAAUUUUAAUUAAGUGAGCGGAUUGUGAUGAGCAGUUGUUCAAACACAGCGAAACUAAAGUCGAUGUCAGACACUGUGCUUUUUUGUACGUUUUUCAAUCUGAACUGUACUGUGGAUGUGCUCAGCAUAGACAGCCAUUGUGCUUCUCAUGUGUUUAAUUGGGUUCGACACCUUUCAUUAGUAUUUACUCUGUCUGCCAUAUCAAGAUUCUCUCGUAGUGAUUUAAUAAUGAGCACUUCUGUUAUUUCAAACCAUCAUACCUCACGUGUGAAUGAUAUAAGAGGAUGAGUUCAGCAUAGACUUAUUAAAGUCACAUUUGUGUCAAACACACAGCACUUCUCACCUCUCCAGUAUCUUAGACUGCCAUAAUGUGAUCAGACUGGAAUUAAUAUAAUUAGAAACAAAAGACUUUAAGAUUUUUUUUUCCAGUCAGAAAAAAAGACAUCUUCAGCAGAUCUGUGUUUCUUUGAGAAGUAAACCACCAUCACCAGUACCUCAAUCUACAGUAUUCAACAUGGUCUAACACACAACAGGACCUUGCGCACUUACUUUAAGAAAACAUUCUCAUCCUCACUGCAGGCACCUCACUAUUGAUCUGUAAACCCAUUCAGUGCAAUAGACCAAGUGUACAGAACUCAAUUCCUGGAGGGCUGCAGUCCCGCAGAGUUUAGCUCCAAUCCUGCUCCAACUCGCAUACCAUGUGAUUUUCAAAUAAGCCUGAAGGACUUGAUUAGCUGGAUUGGGUGUUUAAUUAAAGAAGCUCAACUCUGCAGGGCUGUGGCCCUCCAAAAACUGAGUUUUGCACCCCUGCUCGAUAAAUGAUCUUUAGCUUUUUUAUUUUUCUUCUUUAACAAUGAUUUUAUCUGCAUUCUCAUAAAUAGCUCUAUAAAAUGACAAAGACUGAUGCUUGCACAAAUGAUGCUUGUCUGUGUUCAUUUCUUUGCUUGUGAAGCAUAAUCCAUGUGCUUUUACUCGAUUUUGAACGCUAUGCUUAUACAGGAAGUUGUUAAGAUGCCCUCUCCUUUAUGGGUCGGUGAUACACCAUCUAGUCCAGCGCUGCAGAAUUACUGUUAAAUCAUCUUUGUAGCAUUGUACAUUCUCCUUCUAUGAAACUGUCCUAGUACAAACCUGUAAUGGAUGUGAAACACCUGUGAGGUUUUUCCCCUACAAUGAAUCUCUGUUCAGUGGAUUAGUGGGUGCAAUGCAGAGUAUGUUUAUUUUAUUUACUUUCUUUAUUUAAAAAAAAAAAAACAAUCAACAAUUUUGACUGAUUCUCAAACCGCUGACCAUCAUUGGACUGUGGCUUGGUCAGUAUGUACAUAUGUUCAAGAUAUUUGCUUUGAGCAAUUAAUUUGCAUGCUGUAUCCAAUUUAACAAUUCAGAUUAUAUUUUCACACACAGGGACAAAGUGGAAAUGAUUGAUAAAUAAAUAAAAAAUACUAUUUGCAGGUAUACAAUCAAAAAAUACUUAAUCAGACGAAAGCAAAACAUGUGGGAGGGGUUUAAAAGUAACUCAGGUAUGUGUGCUACUUUUCACUUUAAAAAAAUGUUUAAUAAAUGAUUGUUGUCUGUUGUGAA